ACUAAACUUGUCACUUCGCUAUCAUUAGCUGAAGCUUCUGCUGGGGAAAAGUCCGACUUGCUUGGUCCUGAAAGUUUGCAGCCAACUUUUCAAAAUGUCCGAGGAGUCGUGGGCGCUCGACGCCGACAAACAAGAGGCAAGCACCGGGCGGGUGCAGCAGUCGGAGCCAGCAAAGAAGAUGAAUCUGGUGAGCUUCAGAGAUAUCAACGGAAACAUGAAGUUAAACACCAGAGAACAAAAUGGAAAGCAUGAAGAAGACCGAGUCGACCUGGCUGAAGUGUCCCUGCUCAACAAAAUGAUCCACCGAUGUCUGGUGAGCAACAGGAACGAAGUGGAGGUCCUGCAGAGGGACCCCACUUCCCCGCUGUUCUCCGUCAAGACCUUCGAGGAGCUUCGCCUGAAACCAGAGCUGUUGGAGGGGGUCUACCAGAUGGGCUUCAACCGGCCUUCCCGUAUUCAGGAGAAGGCUCUGCCUAUGAUGCUGGCACAGCCACCUCAGAAUCUCAUCGCCCAGUCGCAGUCUGGUACGGGAAAAACUGCAGCUUUUUCCCUGGCCAUGCUCAGCCACGUCAACCCCGCCCACAAGUGGGUUCAGGCUCUUUGUGUCGCGCCGACGUUCGAGCUGGCCGUGCAGAUCGGUCAGGGGAUCGAGCAGAUGGGCAAACGCUACCCCGACAUAAAGCUGGCAUACGGUAUCCACAGCAACCGAGCGAACCGAGGCAGUAAGUUGCAGGAGCAGAUUGUGGUGGGAACGCCAGGCACCGUCCUGGACUGGUGCACCAAGCUGAAGUUAAUCGAGCCCAAAAAGAUCAGCAUGUUCGUGCUGGACGAGGCAGACGUGAUGAUCAACAGGCAGGGUCAUCGCGACCAGAGCUUCCGCAUCCACAGGCAGCUUCCAAAGGACUGCCAGAUGCUCUUCUUCUCGGCCACUUUCGAGGAGGAGGUGUGGAAGUUUGCCCAGAAGAUCGUCCCCGAGGCCAACUUCAUCCGUCUGCGGCGCGAGGAGGAGACACUGGACACUAUCAAGCAGUUCUACGUGCUAUGCAGAUCCAAGGAGGACAAGUUCAGGGCCAUAAGCGACCUUUACAGUAGCAUGACCGUGGCACAGGCCAUGAUCUUCUGCGCGACUCGCAAGAUGGCGUCUUUGCUGUCCGCUCACCUGACCAAAGAAGGCCACUUGGUGGCGCUGCUGAGCGGGGAAUUGACCGUGACGCAGAGAGCUUGCAUCAUCGAACGCUUCAGGAGCGGCAGUGAGAAAGUUCUCGUGACCACCAAUGUUUGCUCGAGAGGUAUCGACGUAGAGCAGGUCUCCCUGGUGGUCAACUUUGACCUCCCAGUGGACCAAGACGGGAACGCCGACAACGAGACCUACCUUCACCGGAUCGGCCGCACGGGACGCUUCGGCCGGCGAGGCGUCGCCAUCAACAUGGUGGACAGCCAGCACGGCAUGGAGGUCAUCAGGCAGAUCGAGACGCACUUUGACAGGAAAAUCCUCAAGCUUGACUCAUUGAAUUUUGAGGAGAUGGAGAAACAGUUGAGCUGAACACAAACUCAGUGACGUUUUGAUCCAGGUUGAUUGUUUACACGUUGACUAUGCACACGUAUGGAGGUUUCCUUUGAUGCACUUUCCAUUGCUUUACCUGAAGCUAAGAACCAAAUAGCUGUUAUUAUUACUACUACUUUGUUUGCUGUGUUUUUGCAGUUAUUUUCUUUCCUGUUUUGCAUGUUCUCGUGUGCUUUAUAAUGUUUAGUCUGUUUCAGACUGCUGUGGUGCUGGUUACUUCCUUUCUUUGACCUAUUUGAAUUUGUUGCUGUGAGCUGCAUGGUCCUCCGUUUACAAGGACAGUAAAACAACUUAUAUUACA